AGGACCGGGUCUGUCAAACUCCGACGGAUGUCCGUCAGGCUUCUUUGUGGCAGUCAUCCCCAGCAUUACUGCUCAUUCGCUCCGUUCACAUUUUCUUUCUUUCUUUCUGUUUUAAAGAAUGGGAUGGGUGUGUUCGUAAGAGGGAGGGGGAUGCUGCAGAACCGGAGCUCGCGAGCCUUUUCGCUUGCUUUUCUGUGCCAUCCGAAACCGCCCCUGUGAGUGUUUAAAUGCCCCCGCGGUUGUGCCUGGAUGAAGCUGACCCAUCCUUAACCCGGCGACGUGUCCGCUGUUUCGCCGUGCAUCGGCAGUCACCCAGCCAGACCGUCAGCCACGCGGCGGUGAGCGCGGAGAGACGCUUGUUUUCUUUGUCGUCGUGGUUGCUUCGCGCUCUCCGAUCGGAGAGGUGGUGGGAGGGCAGUGGACAUCGAGAUAAACGUUUUCGCGGUGCGCAGAGCAUCCGCGCCAGUCCGGCAGCUGGCGUCGGCCGACCUCGCCGGCCCCGCGCCGCGAGUCGGGGUUGCCGCAGUCCGUCACCUGGCGGCUCGCUGGCACGCAGCGUCUCUCCAGGGGCACUCCUUCGUUGCCCAAAGGGGGAAGGGCACACCGCGGCGGCAUCCGCCUGGCACGGUCCUCAGAGCGGAGGCGACAAACACGCGUUUUUCCGCGCACUGGGACACCUGCUCGCUUGCUUGCGCGAAAGGUCGCACUCCCCUCUCUCUCACCGCCUGCGCGGCCGGGCUGCUACUACCGGAGCUGGCUGCUCGCCUUCGUCGACGUCCCGAAGCCUUCCAGGCCUUCCUUCGGUGGCCGACCUGUCCGACGGCCGAGGAACCUCCUCUCGCCAUCUUCAACUCUCUCUCUCAAGCUCCUCCUCGCCGUGGGAUCGUGACAGGCCGUGUGUGUUGUUUCCCGGAUGUUGUCUGCUGCCUUCUGCCCGUGCUUCUUGCGCUGCGGCCGCUGCAUAUCGUCUGCUCCUCCCGUGUGUGUCGGUCCGGUCGUCUGCAGCUCCAGCUGAGAAGAGAUCGUCCGCCGCUGUGUGCGGUUAAGGCGGCCGUUGUUUUCGACGCCGCGCUCUGCUACACUUGUCCGGUGAUCCUGCUCUUGGUACCCUUCCGAGGCGACGUUUACGAGCCGGUCGUCUCGCACCUGUCUUUCGAGGAACUUGCCGACCCAGCUGCUGUGUGCGUUUGCCGAGGGACAACCUGCCUCUUGCUGCUGAAGGAGGGAAUUAUGCUCGACGAAACGCGCGGAGCUGUGAGGGACCCGCUGUGUGAUGGUGUGUGACUGUCUCACUGACGCAUGGCUGCAAACGUCGCGUUGACGUCACACUGAUUGAUCGUCGUCGUUCGAUGUAGUUGUAUCCGUCUGCUCGAGUCUUAGCAGAAGUACUCGCACUCUGCCACAGUGCUCGGCAAUGCUAUUCUUAGUAUCCGUAGUGUAUGCUGAUGGUUUAUUCUGCAGAAUCUCGCACGAACGUACUGUUUAAAGUGGCUUUGUAAUAGACCCGCCUGUUAUUUUUUGAAUUCCACCAGAGAAAGACACAGCAUAUUCGAAUUGCGUGUGAAAUACGGUCUUCGCUCGCACCGCUGGUUUUUCAGUUUCCGUCGUGGCGACGUGCAUCGGAUCCUGACAGUCGUCGUAGCCCUUGCGUGAGCCGCGGUCGCUCCGACCUGACCCUCGCGAGUUUUCAGAAUCGGUUGCUGAUGUGACGUGUUAGUGGGCAGCUUCCCGAAGCCGAGGAUAAAAGAAUCGCGCCGAACUCGUCAUGCGUCGUCCGCCGUCUGCUGGAAGCUGCAGAACUGCUUCGGUGUGUUGGAUUCGCCGACGGACGCACCUAUCCGCGGCUGCUUCCUCGAGUUUGUGACCCGGCCGUUGGAAUUGGUGUCUGGUGUGUUCUUCGAGGAAAGGGGAAAGGCGUCUGUGUGCGCAUUUCUUGGCCUCGCGAGGAUUUCCACGCCGCAGACCGUCACGCUGGCUGCGUCGACGAAAACCCUCCUCGUCAUGGCCGGCCGAGUGCCUGAGCUGCUGGCGACGGCGUGCGAGUCCGUGUCGGCGGCCGACGCGGUGUCGGCGCUGCGCUGCGGGGCCUUCUCGUCCUCGGGCUCGGUCGACUCCUCGUCGGGGGCGCCGGGCCGGCCGGACUCCGUGCGCCGGCGCCGGACCCUGGAGUCCGAGGACUCGAGCUACGACUCGGACACCGAAAACCCCGCGGACACCGCGUCCGGCACGACGACGCCGUCGACGCGGCAGCACGAGGACGUGUCCCGGACCGUGUCCGAGACGCUGGGCGCCGAGUUCGCCGAGUACGUGACGGCGGGACCCCAGUACUCCAGCCGGCUCGAGUUCGCCGUCAAGCUGGGCUACACCGAGGCGCAGGUUCAGCAGGCCCUGCGGCGGCUAGGCCCCCAGCCGGGCCAGAACGAGCUGCUGGCCGAGCUGGUGCGGCUUGGCGCGCGGGAACAGUCCGGCGACGCCGCCCCGCGGGCCGACCCGCUCUCGUCCUCCGCGUCGCAGGCGGCCGAGGACCCGCUGAGGCCCAUCGUCAUCGACGGCAGCAACGUGGCCAUGAGUCAUGGGAACAAGGAAGUGUUCUCGUGCCGAGGCAUCCAGUUGGCGGUGGACUGGUUCAAGGCCAGGGGCCACACCAGCAUCACCGUUUUUGUCCCCAGCUGGCGAAAGGAAGCCUCGCGUGCGGAGACUCCCAUCAAGGACCAAGAGAUCCUUCUGCAGCUCGAGAAGGAACGGCUGCUGUUCUUCACGCCCUCGCGCAACGUGGGUGGCAAGCGCAUGGUGUGCUAUGAAGACCGCUACAUCCUGAAGAUGGCCGCACAGACGGGUGGCGUGGUUGUGUCCAACGACAACUACCGGGACUUGGUGGCUGAGAGCUUAGACUUCAAACGUGUUGUUGAGGAGCGCCUGCUUAUGUACACAUUCGUCAAUGACAGGUUCAUGCCCCCCGAUGACCCCUUGGGGAGGCACGGGCCCUCGCUGGAUGCUUUCCUGCGCAAGAGUGGAACCUUGCCUCCCGAAGGACCCCCGAGCUGCCCGUACGGCAAAAAGUGCACGUACGGCAACAAGUGCAAGUACUACCACCCCGAGCGUGGAAACCUGCCUCAGAAGUCGGUCACCGAGCGGCUUGCCGAGCAGGCCCGCCUCCAGCUGCAGGAGGUCAAGGCGCGCGGUGCCAUCAAGAGCCGCGACUCGUCCCCUGGUGGCGAACUGCUCAAGACUAAAAGCCUGCCACCAGGUGCGACUGAAGCGAUGCUCCCCAAGAAGAAAGCGCCGCUCUCUAGGACUAAGUCGUCGGUGCCACCUCCGUCGGCGUCUCUGCUGGGUGCCGACCUGUUGGAGGCUGACGGUGGAGGCCACUUGUCGGUGGCAAAGCGGCUCUCGGAUCCCGACUCGGGACUGGGAGCAUUCUCGCUGCCCAAAGGGAGUCCCGUACUGUCGCCUGGCGGUGCAGGCAGCAGUGGUGACGACACUCUGGGCAGCGGCAACCUCCACCGCAAGCUCCAGCGGCAGCUCACGCUCAACCCAGCGUGCGACCCACGGCUUUACCAGAUGCGGGCCGCGGUGUCUUCGGGCCUCGUUCCGCCACCUGCGGUGAGCCUGGCGGAAGCCGUGCACGGCCGUGCGGGAAGCCAGGAGAACCUCCAACACCGAGCUCUGGGACGGCUGGCAAGCGACUCUGGCCUGGUCGCCACGGCUGGCGGAGGUUGGAGCACCCUGCCCGGGGCACACACGGAGGUGACGCGCAUCGCCAGUGCGCCAGACUCGACACGGCAGCAACGGUCACAGCAGGCGGCAGCAAUUCAACGCCUCAGUAGCACGUCUGACACCAGGCUGGACGCAUUCCCGCUGGCGGGCGCGGCCACACCGGUGCCAGCCAGCCAACUGUUUCCUUCUUUCCCGGGCCUGAGCCCCCACGCCACUGCCGGGGGGUGGGGGGGCCUGCCCAUGGGCAGGCCACCACCGCCACUGCCACUCGAAGUGGGUGCACCACCGCUAGACACAGCUAGCCCCCGCUACCGCCUCUAUUACCACCUGUCGUCCAUCUUCCCCGAGGAACAAGUGCGCGCCGCCAUGGACCUCUGCCCCGAGGAGACCAACCCGCAGAAGGUGUGCGCCGCCAUCCUCGCCAUGUUCCCCAAGGGUUAACCGAGACGCCCCCCUCCCUGCCUCCAUUUUUGGCGAGUCGUUUCUUCCCUGGCAUGAAGCAUAGUGCCAUCUGUUGUCGCAGAGUUGGGUGGUGGGCUGGAGGCCCCCGGUUGUGAGCGGGUCAUGCAUUGCCGCCACAUUGUUUGUCACCGCAUUCCCUCGGUCCUGGGAGCACUUCCAAAUGGGAAGCUUACAACACUUCUCCCGAAACCUCACGGUGGGAAUGGUUGUCUCGAUUGUUGUUGUGUGCGGUGUUCCGACACCUCUCUGAGGAUGCCACAAACGUAAGCAAACGUGCGUGUACUGCCUGUCUUGUCCCUGCAUCCCCAGCAACCCUGGGGGCAACAUAUGGGCUCUCGAAGCCCGCAUCAUCCUUCCACGGGAGCAUGGCACCCAUUGUUCAGCUGGACAUUCUGACAGCUUGGAGUCUGAUACAGAAAAUGUGCGCGCAUCACCGCCUCCUGCACUGUUCCUCUCGGUGCCGACUGAGCAGAUAGGAAGCCUGUGAGCGAAGCCUUUCCCAUCUUUGUGGUGUUCUCGGUGUUUACAAAAUGGAACCUGUUUUCUGGUUCUGAGAUGAGGUCAAGCUGGUGUGUGUGAACAUGGGCCCACUUUUGUUUCGUCCAUAUUUGACCGUCCCCUGACGGCCAGCGGAAAGGGUGACUCAAAGGCAGAAACCGGGAACUCGGACAUUGUUUCCCACUUGAACCUUUCGUCCUUUCGCAGGCCCUGUGCUUGCAGUCGAAACUUCAGUCGUGCAGUGUUGAUGCUCUCAGGUCUAUUUGCAUUUCCUAGAAAGGUGACAAAGGAAGUGAGGGUGGAGGAAGGAUUUAAAUGGAAUCCCCCACCCCCUGUCGCAGUGCGGUCUUGUUGAAAAUUCUUUGCUCUCGUCAUGUUGGCAAGUUGCGUGUACAGUGCAGUGAUGUGCGGGUCGCCGAAUGCUCACACAGGGCGACCUUCUCGUUUCCUGUGCUUGUGCCAACACACGGCCGUUAGACUGUUGCCACUCAUGCGGGGUCCCAGUCACUUUCAUUCAGUCGUGACUAAGCAAGGUGACUUUUACAGGAAUGGCCAUCUGAAGUGUGUAGAGAUCUGUCAAAGUAGCAAGAUGGAGGCUUGUGGUGAACAGUCACAUCUGUGCUGUUUGCUGGCAUAACAAGUGUUGCUGUACUAUCGAGCUGUCUUUGCUGUUAGCUUUGCCUAUUAGUUCCAGUACGUUUUGGUGGAUUCAUCGUGCGUAGAAGCCACUAUUUCUGAGAUCGACAUAGCUCAACAAACAAGCGCUGGAACUUAGCAGCACACAUUCCUACUCUCACCGACAGUGGCGAUACUUCUCAGAAGACUGCACUGAUGGUACUGUCAGCCAUACGUUCGAGUGUUGCUGUCAACAGAUCUAAGCUGUGUAAUUUGAGAAAGAAACGCAUGCCUGCACUGUGUGUAGGGUGUACUAACAUGGUUCUGCACCGUCAUUGUUGCAUGCCUCUGAUAUCGCACACUGCAGCUUGGUGCGUGUUUGCCCAAAGAGGCAGCACACCUGCAACCGACAGAUGCUCUUUCUGCAAAUCAAGUUUACAUUUGCAAGCUGUGCCCUGGGGCCUCACACUGUCAACCUUCUCAUUUCUGGUAGUGUCUUCAGGAAGUCGGGAUGGCCCACUGAAUCGGACACAGCUCCCAAACUGAUGCCACGCGUUGCCGUGCCAAGUGAAGUCUGAUGUGGCAUCUCUACGUGUGGCACGUUCUCGCUCUUAGGGAACUAGGAAACAAACUGGUUGGUGUGUUAACGCUCUUUCUCGUUACUUACACGCACAAGUUUUGAAGAUUAUGUGUCAGCGGCCACAUUGGAUGGCAGCUACGUGGCUGUAUGUUGAGUGGAUGGAGAGGAUUCUACUUGAUUCAGCCCUUUGUGAAUGAAAUGUCUGCGUAGGUGUGGCAUCUUCAAGGGCACACGCUGUGCUGUGUUUUCUUGUCACUAGGUGAGCAUUAGGUGUUGGGUACUGUACUAACAGUCGUCUCAUUAUUAUCUGAAACAGGGCCAACCAUUCAUUGGUAUCAUUUGUAAUGAAAGUAGCCUCAAAAUCUUUUGUGAGCCAUGCAGCUUCUUGCGAAGCAUUGCCUUUCUUUCUUUUUUUGUUAGGAGGAAACGUUUCUCAGUAGUAUGUUUCCUGCACACAAGCUCUUGUGCCAUUUCUCGCUUUAUCAUGCAUUGCCUCAACGACAGAGAUGCAAGUGGAAAGGGGGGUGGAAGCAGUUAGCUUUUUUCAUGUUGACGCAUUUUGCACUGGUUUUUUUCUUGCAUCGCCAAGCCCUCACUUCGGAGGACCCCCUACGUACUGCGGGGGUCUCAUUUUUACUGCCGCAGCAAUGUGUCAGAGGCACAUUUUUUCAAAGUUCACACACAGACAUUGCCGUGAUCUUUUCCUUUCUCUUUUAUAUGGCAGGCCUUUCGUGGUCACAUCUGUACACUGUCUGUCUCAUGUGAAAUGUGAUGUGCGUUUUACUGUCCCACACUCUGAGGCUGGGGUCUCUCGUUCACAGUGUGCUGGCAGGCUUUGCAAUUUUUUAUGGCAAGCAUGCCGUUUCUCCUGAGGCCUCCCAGACUAACAAUCUCACAGCAAAUGUUGUGCUGUCACGCAGUCUAGCUCCUCCAAAUCUGCGCUUGCGUGGGCAAUCUGCCCUAACACUGUGCAUGUUUUGUGCCGGGCUUCUGUCUUUGGGUGCAGUCAACAAACCUGGUUAGCUCAAGUGGUUGUUCACUCGCGAGGGGUCCAUGCCCGAAGCACGUUCGUUGUACCCUUUGCUAGCUCCCACGCUAAAGGGGGGAGCGUGUCACAAUAUGCAGGGGCCCUUGUCUUGAGGCAUGGACAGUGCAGUGGUAAGCCUUGUCUUCAUAAUGUUGUGGUUGAGAGGUGGCAGAUCGCAGGCUCGAAACCUGCUGCUGCUGGCCACCCACCUGUAAAAGUGGGUGCAAGCAUUUCUUGAUGCAGUACUGAGCUUUUCUUCGAGGGGGGUGGGGAGCUGCUUGAAAGCCUAUGUGCUUUGAACUCCCGUCAAAACCCUUCGGGUGUGAAGCCUCAGAAAUUAUUGGUGAAUUUAGGAUUAGAAGGACUAGGGCAUGCACCAAAAAGCAAGCACGAGUUUCUAGUGUUCUAGUUCAGCUUAAAAAGAUAUGGGGUUGGAUCGGUCACAUAACGCAUAGAGUAGGUAACAGGUGGGCUACGAGGGUAAACGAACACAAUGGAUUGUCAAGGGAUGAGAAACGCAGUCGGGGACAGGAGAGGAUUGCAUGUUCUGAUGAGAUUAGGAAGCUUGCGGCUUAAAGUGGACAAGUUGGUUUGCCGCGGCUUACAAACGGCACCAGGAAGCACGAAGGAGGGCUGGCGAGACAUCAAGAUGAUCGUAAGUUGCAGGUGGUUUGCAGGAACAGGAUGAAGCCAGCUGGCACAAGACAGGUGUAACUGGAGUUCACUGGGAGGGGAGUGGAGGACCAAAGUAGACUGAUGACGAUACUGAUCAUGAUCGAAAUGUGGUGCUUGGGGCCACUUGCACGGUCACAGUUUUUUUAUUCCGCACCCUAAGCGCGCCUGUUGGAUGAAAAUGAUCUCGAGUAGCGUCAAGUGGUACGAGAGAGCACGUUUCGCUACAUCGAUGCCGACAUUUCUGCAUGUCACUGCCAGGUUUGACAGUAUACUUGCCUUGAAACACCAGAGUGCAACACCUCGCCGCCUGUUAUUGCCUAAGAUGUGGGCCUUACUUGCAGUAUUUGAUGUGGUACCUGCAUCUGCUGGUCUGAUUGAAGGCUCGUGAUCAGAAAGUUAACGACCCACUUGUGGUCCUAAUGUGAAAGACUGAUUUUUUGGCUGCCCUUUUUUGGUUGCACCAACGAACCGAGCGUUGCGCACGGCUGCGGGGCUUUGUCCCUUGGAGCUUACAGGUGAUGCUGUUACUUCGCAAUCCACUCCAUCCCAACUAUCUUUGUCCCAGGACUAACUAAGAAGAUAUAAUAAUAAUCAAAGAUCAUGUACAGUGCAGCAGUCCUUCUCUAUCUAGAGCGCUGCUCUGCAGUUUUUGCACUCUGUCGUGGGCUGAACAAAGCAGUGUGUGAAUGUGUGCGAGUUUGUACAUUUAUAUGUUUACACUGUGUCACAAAAGAAGAAAAAAAAGAAACUGUGUGUGAAAUAGGAAACCAAUGUUUGUUACUACAUGUAAAAGUGUUGUCUUCGGUGGACUGUGGUUGCACAUGUUCUAGAAGCAAGUGGCUGUCCCACUAUUCUCAACAUGCCUGUCAAAUGUGAACGUUGUAAGCUGCGCAUUUUAGACAUUCCUUCAAGCGUGUCGAGCAUGGGUUGUGCUCUUGAGGCUCACAUUGCGAGUUAUGUGGGGUCGUUUCGGAUGGCGACUUGGACUUUUGUUGAAACAUAGCAGUAUCAGCCAGCAUGAGAAAAAAAAUAUAUAUAUAUGGUAGGUCCUCGUACUUGGGACUCUGGGCAACCAGCCAUAAAAGCAGAAAGUUGUUAAUGAAAGAAAAAUUAAGGAAUCGACUGCAGCUGCUUCCUUGUGUGCAAAGCUUCCACUAAGCCCCCGUUGCUGCAUAGAUGCAAGAACGUGCAAAACAUGGCCGGGCGUGCUGCGGGUGUGUACAGAUAACAACGAUUACGAUAAAGCUGAAGCCUUAGAGGUGUUGUCUUAGCACUGCGCUUUUAAGGAGUAAAUGGUAACUUAAACCUCCACUACGCAGGUCAUCUGAGCCAGCAAAGAAAGAUUUAAAAAAAAUUUAUUUAACCUUAAACUCUUUUAGUCAAAUAUUAUGAAUGUGCUUCUGUAUGUCGUCGCUUGUAAACAUGGUGACAGGCUGCAAAUCUUUCUCUGUAAGAAGGUUAUUACCUAUGUCAAAGGUAUGCUAAAGAGGUGCUCCUUAGCACCAUUUAUACCUAGUUUCCUUAUUUAUGUAACAUUUGGUACAACUAAGCUGUUUGGAGCAGUUUGUGCCAUGUUACCAUUGUUGACUUGUAUUGUUGCACAUGGUUUGGAGUCUCUGAUUGACUUUUUGACUUUGCUAGUGACAACGGACAACAUCGCUUUUGUUAGCCUUUUAUCCUUCUUGUGCCGCCAGUAAGUCCUGCUUGAUCUUUGUUGAUUGCACCACUCUAGUUUAAUUGUUGUUUAAGAUAACACAUAUCACUAGGAACAAUUGUGUGAUCAUCUGACUGUACAGCUACGCUCAUCACUCAGCUUAUAGCCAUGAAUGGAGUAGCACAAAUUGACAAUAGCUACUCCAUUCAGCUCAAAGCUUCCUGUUUCAUUCCGUUGGCUGCAGUGAUGGCUGGUAAUUACUGUAGUUUUGGUAGCUGUCUGUCAGUUUGGAAAAAUAGUGCUUCAUAUUAUGGAAUUUUGAUGUCAGUAGCAUCUCUGCAUCAGAAUUUUAUUGGCAGAUGUAGCCGAGGAAAUGGUGAACAAGUUACCAAAUGUCACAGCUGUUUCGAUUAAAUGGAGGAAGGAUUCUUCUGAAGUGUCAAUGUCUCCUACAUGCUCGCACAUUCUAUCUGACCUGCGCAAUGGACCAUAAAUGUUAAAGUUUAUUCCGUUUUGAUGAUACAAACCUGUCAUAACAGGCCCUUUAUUUAGGACAGUCAAGAGCACUGGCUGUCGGUUGCUUCUGUGCAAACAUUUCCACUUUGUUCAGACACUUGACUUGUUUGUUUGCCACAAGGGCUGGAUGAUCUGUUCCAUGUUAUUUUGAUUCUUAUUACCUCUGUUAUUAACUACUAUUUAUUACACCACAGCCAAGCAAACCAAGCCAUUUUGUAAGUCCCAAGGGGUUGCGUGUUUGUACGUAUGUGUGUAUGUAGAUGGUCCACAGAGUAAAUUUUUACCUCUUUCCCAACUGUCUUCGCAUCGGUUCUUUAUGGGUUACUUGUAUCAUGCUGCCUAGUUUUAUUAUUCAAAAGUGAAGUGGAUGCCAUUGAAGAAAAUGUUGGCAUUCUCUCUUUUGUAAUAUUUUUUCUCUGCUCAUGGCAGUUGUUUGGGCAGCCGCUAUUCUUUGGUCAAUUUGUUUUUUAUCUUGUUGUCUGAGCUGUGCAAAGUUUGUGCGAGAUUCUCAUGUCUCGUGUAGAUAGCGCUGCUGGCUCUGCUCUGAACGCAUUUAACUGUGUCACAAGUUUUUCAUCUUAGUAGUAGCUUUGUAAUAUAGCAAAUUCUUUUUAUUUGUUUGUUUGUUUUUCAGUGACUGUGAGACUGUGACAUAGAAAGUUGAUAUGAAUUACGUUCUGUUUGCAAUCUUAUAAUUCUUUCCAUGUUGUAUUAUUCAUGCAGAAAUAGAUUCCUUAUGAACUUCACACUGCUUCCGUACGAGCAAUGUAGACGGCAAAUGGAAUUAUGACAAUGCAAUAAGGCCCUUGCCAGUUGAGUACCUAAAGACCUGUCAACAAGUGGCAACUAUUGUCGUGAGCAGAAGCCUGGAGGCCGUAACUGCCAUAGGUGUCCUUUUUUUCGCAGCCUGGGCAUGCAGUCUGAAAUCCACUGGCACAGCCCACAUCUUGUUUGACCAAUGCGAUGCGUCGACAAAAUUUUAUGUUAGACGGCAGUAGCAUCGGAGAUAUCUUUUGCUGAUGCCGAGGUCUCUAAACUGUUGCUCCCAAGGGUACACAGAACUUUCUUCUUUUUGGCAUAAAGAAUAAAAACUUUGUUUGGGUUGCAUGCCCUAAUAUCUUGAACAGUUUCUACAGGGCGUUGGCCGUCCUUCGUGCAGUACAGCACAAGGGAGUAGCUUGUUUGCAAAUUCCUUCUCAUGAAUGCUACUGCUCAUUGCUCCCUAAUUGCCCGCCACGGCAUGUGUUGCAAGUUAUACAUUGCGCUUGAAAAGGAUUGGUGUUGUGACAAGACCAGCCUUUGUAAAAACUGAAGAGGAGUCUUCUUAUUGUAAGGAUAUGAUAUUUCAAAAGAUGUUAAGUUUCCAAGGAGCCUACUUGCUGGCUCUCUUGGAGUGCUUCGUCCCCGUACACCCAUCUUUCCAGAGGCAUGUUUCAGGGGCAACACAGUUGAUGCAUAUAGCUGGCAGUAUGAACAUUGAUCCUUUGGAGACGGUGUUUAGCAAAGAUGCUUAAGGAAAGCAUGUAGAACAGUGUGCAAGCUAGAGCAUGCAUGCAAAGUUAAGCAUUGAAAGUUAGGCACUGUUCAGCAGCCAACCGAGUGCACAAGAGGCACAAGCGGUGUUGCUUUGCCGCAUAUUCAGCUAAAGACAAUGACCCAUUGACAUUGCCAAUGAGUUACGAGUUGGAAGGGCACCUUCUGGGCAUUCAGGUACCGUGGUGAUGUUACGGCAAUCAAAUUUUUUCUUAAAUGUGAGCAACGCUUCUGCUGCUUCGUAGACCCUACUGUCAGUGAAAGCGGGUCUUCUGCACUGACACAUUGUUGUUGACUGGGUUAGCCCCUGUUGGCUGGAGCAUUACAACAUGGAGUUGACACAUUUCUCUCCCACUUGGAUUUUCUUGCUUUUGCUGCUUUACUUUCUGCAUUUUUCUGCACACUGAAAAGUGGAUUGCUUCUGACCCAUCAUGCUGGUCAGGAGAUGCAAGUACGUUGCUUUGACAACGCUGUUAUCGUUGCAAAAACUUGUUCAUGCAUUUUUUUACUUACACCCCACCACUCUCCUUUAGCAAGGUCUACUUUCUGAACUGACGAAAAGAAUGUAUUAUAUAAUCGAGGAGGAUUCUUGCCCUCACACGGAUUUAGUGUUAUUGGCACAGCUUGUUUCCCGUUCUAGUUUUGUAAAAACCGCUACUCCCGCAAGUCCCUGAUGAGUUGACUUUUGCAUGGGAUGUAGAGCUUUUGAGAAGUAUAGUGCACGACUUUAGAAAUCCGGUAUGUCAUCAACAAGUAGCAUCAUUCAAGGCACAAUGUGUGAUGAACUGUCACUGUUGUAGUUUACUGAAUGUUCCAACCUCAUUAGCUUAGUGCAUAACUUAUGUCAGCUGACUACUUAUCAAAUUGCAGUGAAAGUAUCUGUAUAGAAAUAUUUUUGUCUCGCAUAACUUCAAGCUUGAGAUCUUUAGGUGAAUCACACAGCUCCGGAAAAUUGUUACAAAGCCAGAAAUGUCCCACAAAUUCAGCUGAAUUUAUUGUACAAAGGUUGCACAAAUUGUUAUAGUUGUACAAAGGUCGUGCAAACGAAUAGUUGCUCAACCUUUUGUACAACUAUUUUGCACAAUUUACAGUAGCGUGAAAUUGUACAAAGGUUUCACAAAUUACAGUUCUAGUUACGAGGAUGUAUUUGUGUUGUUACAUGGUGUCUUACUUGAAAUGAACAAGUAGCGUUCUCAUUGUUUGACAUCGCUUGUGUCUUUGACAACCGUCAACAAAGUUGAGCCAGAUUUACUCACGACUCGCAAAUAAUUGGCUAAUCAUACACAACUGCCAGAAAGAAUGCUGCUGGUGGAGUUUCUGGAUCAAGAAUUCAAAACACAUCCUCGACCCCAAAGGAGGUGAUUGUGUAACAACUGUCACAUGCUUUGCUAGCUUGUGACUGGCCAAGCUAACGGUGCUAAAAGCUUAUAGUAAAUGCUCCUUUGACUUGUUUGCAUACAAUUCGAUUAUAACAGCAAGGACGUCCAACCUAGGAUUAGCUUCGAUUCAAGUGCAUGACUGUGGUAGUUUUCAUUCACGAGAAACAGCUGCGACAAGCACCUUGCUAAACUACAAGCCAACUUCCCGGGAAAGUACCAUAAAUCAGUUAAACGCUUCCGUUUUGCUUUUCUUUAAUACGACUACUGCGAGGUUGUCUCCUCCCUCAAGGUAUGUGCGGGUGUGAAAGGUUGAGUGACUGAGGUGGCAGUGGCUGAGCCCUGCGACUAAUACAAGUUUUGCUACAAUACCAUGUAUUGUCAUGUACUGAAUGGGGUCUUGUGAUAUGCCCCUCCCCGUCUUGUUUUUCUUUUUCUCCCAGUUGUUUCAGUUUCAACGUUUUACGUUUCCCUUGCUUUCUGCCAUAAGACUUGUUUUCUUGUUGUUGGCAAAGACUGUUUUUUCUUCCUCAGGCCAUAAAUGUUCUAAUAUGCGAGUGCUUUUUUUUUAACAUUAUGGAUGCGAGUAUUUAAUGUGUGUCACUUCUAAUGGCAUGUAAUAAAUGUUUUGUCUUCUUUUUAUUUAA